AUGGCUGAGCAACGUCCCACGGUGAAACUGCCACAGGGCAUCGUCCAAGGCGUGACCCUCAAGAACAACCACCUCCCUCGGCCAGUGGAAGCCUUCAGGGGCGUCCCGUACGCAUUGCCACCGACUGGUGACAGGCGUUUUCGACAGGCGCAGCCAGUCGUGCCUCAUCCAGAUCUCGUGAUCGAUGCAUCUGCGUACGGGCCAGCGGCGCCGGGAAAGCCGCUCCUCGCAGGAGGGCCCAAGCUCGAGUAUAGCGAGGACUGUCUGCAUGCCAACAUCUUUCGCCAUGUGCCCGCCAGUGAGGAGGCGGAGACGAAGAAGGAGAGGAAACUGCUCCCCGUCGCGGUGUAUAUCCACGGGGGUGCUUUCAACAGGGGCACGAGCUCGGGGCACAACACGGCCAGCAUGGUGGCCUUCUCCGAGGAGCCCUUUAUUGCCGUGUCGUUCAACUACCGACUGGGCGCCCUCGGCUUCCUGCCCUCGACAGCCAGCGAGAAGGAGGGCAUCCUGAAUCUGGGCCUGAGGGACCAGCUGGUCCUGUUGGAAUGGGUCCGAGAUAACAUCCAUCACUUUGGAGGUGACAAGGACAGCGUCACUCUCUUUGGCCUCUCCGCAGGUGGUCACUCGAUUGGUCACUUGAUCAUGCACUACAAGGAGGGCGAGAAACCCCUGUUCCACCGUGCCAUCAUCGAGUCAGGGGCAGCCACCUCGCGCGCGGUGCGUCCGUACAAUGCACCCAUCCACGAGGAGCAAUUCCAGGAGUUUCUUAGGCAGGCAAAAAUGCCCACGGACACGCCUGCAGAGGGCAUCUUCCCGUACCUGCGCUCCCUAUCUACGGACGCCAUCUCAGCAGCGCAGACGGCCACGUUUGACAAGUACAAUCCGUCCCUGCGGUGGGCUUUCCAGCCCGUCAUCGACGGCGACAUCAUCCCCCGUCCGCCCCUGGAGACCUGGAAGAGCGGCAGGUGGCACAAGGUACCCAUCAUGACGGGCUUCACCCGGAACGAGGGCUCGUUGUACGUCAAGAAGCGUCUGGACAACCCGGCGCUGUUCCCCAAGUUCUUCGCCGAGCUGCUGCCUCUCCUGAGCGAGGAGGACAUUGCGACCAUUGAUCGGCUCUACGCGGACCCCUCCCAGCACCCAGACUCGCCCUACAAGGAGACGCGCGACAAGGUCGGCUCGCAGUACCGGCGCAUAGAGCAGGCCUACGCGCACUACGCGUACGUGGCGCCCGUCCGGCAGACGGCGGAGCUCGCGUCGCCGUCGACGCCCGUCUACGUCUACCAGUGGGCGCUCGAGGCCACCGUGCUCGAGGGCGCCCGGCACGGCGACAAUAUGCGCUACGAGUUCUGCGGACCGCUGGUGGUGGCUAUCUCCGAGGGGCAGAGGAGGCUGGCGAGGACGAUGCACGGCUACGUCACGAGCUUCAUCAUCGCGGGCGAUCCCAACGCCGUGCCGACGAGCGGGCUCGAGAGGCCCGCGUGGCCGCGGUACGAGGUCGGCCGGGCCAAGGCCAUGGUCUUUGGCGAGAAGGACAAGUCGCUCGUCGGGGGCGCGCCUGGGCCAGCGGCUGAGGUGCAGGACGACAGUUGGGAGCGGGACAAGUGCGAGUUCUGGUGGAGUAAGGUAGAGCUGUCGCAGCAGUAG